CCCCCCCUCCGGCUUACGAAGUGACGUCACUUCCGGUGUGUACGCGAGGCGUCCUCCCGCCCCGGGAUGGCGUCUCUGAGGAGUUGGCUGUCGCGGGGCGUAGCGUCCUUGUUCAGGUACAGACAGUGUGUACCUGUGGCGGCUAACUUCAAGAAGCGCCGUUUCUCAGAACUGAUACGACCAUGGCACAAAACGGUGGCAGUUGGAUUUGGCGUAACCCUGUGUGCGAUUCCUAUUGCACAGAAAUCAGAGCCUCAUUCUCUUAGUAAUGAUGCAUUAAUGAAGAGGGCCGUGUCUCUGGUAACAGACAGCACCUCAACCUUUCUCUCUCAGACCACAUAUGCACUGGUUGAAGCAAUCACUGAAUAUACGAAGGCUGUCUAUACCUUAAUUUCUCUGUACCGGCAAUAUACAAGUUUACUUGGGAAAAUGAAUUCACAGGAGGAAGAUGAAGUGUGGCAGGUGAUCAUAGGAGCCAGAGUUGAGAUGACUUCAAAACAGCAGGAGUACUUGAGAUUGGAAACCACGUGGAUGACUGCGGUUGGUCUCUCAGAGAUGGCAGCAGAAGCUGCCUACCACACUGGAGCAGAUCAGGCAUCUGCGACCGCCAGGAACCACAUUCAGCUGGUGAAAUCGCAAGUGCAGGAGGUGCGCCAGCUGUCCCAGAAAGCAGAGACCAAGCUGGCGGAGGUGCAGACAGAAGAGCUCCGUCAGAAAACACAGGAGGAAGACGGGAGGGCCAAGUCAGAGGAGGCCUACCUGCGUGAGGAUUAAGGGCCUGAGCCACUGCCCAUGCCUGCCGCUCAGCCUGGGCUUGGCACAGCUUUCUCUGCCAGGAGAAGGGGAGGCCGGCCCUGCCCUGGCCCAACCAGGCCACAGGCGUUACUCCUCCCUUUGCUGGACCUGAUUCUCCUCCGGGGCACGCCCUUUUUAACUCCUCCCAGUACAGUUGCCUCACCUACAACCUUUUCACCUCCCACGCAGGGCAGCCUGGCCAGAGGGGUCCCUUUUUUGUCAUGCCCACAAGUUCAGUAGCUGUUUUAACUUCAGUUUCCAAUCUUAUUGACCUUUCAAAUAGGAUUUAGUAUUUGCUCUCUCCAUAGGGAUGUGAGUUUUGGGGAGAGAGGGGAGCCUGUCCUGUUUGUAAGAUUUCUUUGUGUUUCUAAUACCUUCUGUGACCUGGCCCCACUGCCCUGUAAGCAGAGCUCAGGCCAAGGAGCCAAAUCCAUUAUUCUAAGGGACUGAA